AUGUCGAACAUCGACAAUAACGAGUUUGACUUUGAUUUCAGUGAUGUAGUACAGGAGCAACAUCAACAGCAGCAGGAGAAUGAAGAACAACAACAACUACCUCAACAAGGUUCGACCACUCAUCAACAACAACAGCAAAGUCCAAGUGAUGUGGUGGCCUCUGCAAUGAACUCUCUCAGUGAUUGGGAACUUCAUCUACUCAGGAUGAGGAGGGACAUCAACAAUCAAGCAAAGGAGGAGAGAAAGAAACAGGAAGAACUGGAUAAGGCUAAGUUGUAUGCCAAGCAGGAUUUGGCAUUGCAGAGUCAGUAUGAUGACUGGAUGGACACGGCAAUGUCCAAGACAUUCGCAAGAGAGAUAAACAAUACUGGUUCAAGGGAGUUUGUUGUCAUUCGCUCGUAUGAGGCAUUCUGGAAACAAUAUUAUGGAGAGAAGGACAAGUACUAUAAUGAGGUGAUUGCAGAGAGUGAUGCGUGUCACCUCUACCUUGAUGUCGAGUACAUGCGAAAGUGCAACCCGCAUCUCGAUGGCAGAUCUGAACAAGUGAUCGACGUACUCAUAAAACAGAUGAUCAAGGCGAUUGAUCAUGAACUACACAUCAAGACGACGAGGGACGAUGUCCUUGACCUGGACUCGUCAACACCCGCCAAGUUCUCCAGGCAUCUCAUCUGGCAUAUCCAAGGUCACUACUUUUCCAACAACAUCGAUGUUGGACGUUUCGUUAAACACUUCAUUCAACGUUGCGAACAUUGUUUGUUGUUCGAUAAAGACAAGUUGAUGGAGAGCCAGGAGGAGAGUGAUAAGGACAUGUUAGAUAUGUUACACUACUUGUUGGUUCGCAAUGAUAAUGGCGCCACAGUGUCGGUGAUUGAUGGAGGUGUAUAUACCAAGAACAGAACAUUCAGACUGUUCCUGUCAUCAAAGUUUGGAAAGAAUCAACCAUUGUUACUUAGCAAGACAAACACAUAUCCACUUGUAAACAAACAACAUGGGCCUGGCGAGGCACUUGACAAAGAGGUAUUCAUGGCGAGCUUGGUGUGCAAUGUUGACAGCUUUGACACGACACUCGUCUCCGUGGAAGUUCCUCAAUAUCCAUCAAUCGCCAGUCCAUCCAAGACCAAGGGAGCAGUACAUACACUCAAACAAUCAUCACAUCCCAAACUAGACGAGUUCAUCAAGAAGUACGUCAACAGUAGAGGUGGGUCCAAAAGUGGAUACAUUAGGAACAUCAGUCAGUUGGUCGUUGGAGGAGGAGGCAAUGAUGGUGAUAAUGACAAUGGUACAUCAACGUCAUCCACAUCAUCAUCAGAGGGUACCUCAUUAUUGAUAUAUAAUGUUGCGGGAAAUAGAUGGUGUGACAAUAUUGGUAGAGAGCAUAAGAGCAACAACAUAUACUUUGAAGUCAAUCCCACUCGAGGUGUACUCUAUCAAAAGUGCAUGGACAACGAAUGCAAGGGAUAUAGAUCUUCCGAAGUCCCAAUCGCCUCCUACCUCUCAUCCCCUACUCCAUCCACAUCCUCAACAACAACAACCUCAUCGACAUCUUCAACCACAACAUGA